CAUAUACCUACAUUACAGGCAUAUUUCAACCACUCUUCAGCUCCUUCAGAGAGAUGGGAAUAAUUGAUAGUAUUAAGGACACCUUAUCCCAAGCAGUGUUUACUCCUUCUUCUCUGUUAUCCGGACGAGGCGGGCUACAUAUGGCUCAGAUCAUUCUGUCUCUGGUCACCUUCGUCCUGGCUGCCUUCAGAGGAGGGAGCAGCCAUACCUACUGGAACUACGCCAUGUUCACCUGGGCCUUCUGCCCCAUUAUGACCCUCAUCAUCACCAUCAUUGAGAUGUUUAAACUUGACAUCGUACUCAAUUUGUUUUGCAUGGACUGGUCAGACUUCACCACUGGGAUGGCCAUGUCUUCAACACUCAUGACCGUUUCUGUUGCUAUCAUAUAUGCCAACUUCUAUGCCUGCCUGAAAUUAGCAUGUCUGUAUGGCUGGAUAGUGAGUAUAUUUGCUUUCUUGUGUGGUAUGGUCUACACAUUUGAAGUGGUGAAGGACAAAAUCCUGGACAAGAAGGAGGGGAAGUACCUUGCUGCUCUGCCUGGAUUCUUCAAGGUACUGGAGGCCUUCAUAAGCUGCAUGAUUUUUAUAUCACUGACUGGUUACAGAGACAAGCCGGCUCUGAUCAUCUGCGUCAUAGCUUAUAUCAUUCCUUUCCCCAUCCUCCCUCUUAUCAUAGCCACCAACAUCCUCAAGAAACUGAAGAAAUGCUUGCCUUUUAACUUGGACAGAUUUGUGUUCAUAUUCCUGGUCAUCUCUGUUGUGCUGUAUAUCUUCACUGCUAUCAUGUGGCCCAUUUUUAUGUUCAGGAACAACCCUCGUCCCAGUGACUGUCCACCCAGCUUCUGUAUCUGGGCCAUUCAGUUUAUGGUUGCAUUCCUGACGUAUGUGAAUCUCAUUCUUUUCACACUGGACCUUAUUUUCACCUUGCUUGGUAUCUGUGGCUUUAGCAAAACAUAAACAUGGUAGAGACUUUCCAAUCAUCUUUUUAAAACAUCCAAACUUGAACUACAACUCUAAAUAACUCUUUGUAAUUCAGGUAAUAAAAAAUAAAAAAAAUAAUUCAUUUAUUUAUUUUAAUUAAAAACUGUAAGGUAAAUGCUCAACAUAUCUUCCCAUAGCAUUAAAGUAAAAUGCUUGAAUAAUGUUUGUGUUGUCAGAAUGUUUAAAAUGUUUGAACAAUGCUUUUAAAGCCUGGUCUCAGGUUGGUGAACACUGCCAUUUCUGCACUGAAGUCACAUGAUCACAUUUUCCACAUCUGGGGAAAUGUAAUUGGUUGCACACAGUCUCCAACGGAGCAGAAACAGCACUGCAGCUGUACACCGCAACAUCACAGACUGAGGCUUUGAACAUCCACUCAGAACGCCAGAGCUAAAGGGUAAUCUACAUUUUGUCAUGCCUCACGUGUAACUUGGUCCAACAAACAAGAGCAGAAUUAACACACGAUCACAUUAUACAAUGUAUAAUGUGAUUUCAAAGCAGAAAAUGGUGCUAUCAUCAAACAGACUCACAAUCAGACUGGAGUUGCAAAAUAGGAUUUUUGAGCAUUGGGGUUUCUGGUUGCAGUCUUUUAUACAGAAUAUUAAUUUAUAUUUUCCAUGUCAUAUGUAUUCAUGAACAAUGAGUACAGUUCUGUUGAAGCUGAGACUUUUAAUAUUAAUCUGUUGUUUUGUUUUGUCCCAUAUGACGUGUAAUCAAACCUAAAAUUACACAUGAGCUCUGUGUGUAACUUUCCAUUCACCAUUUUUAUACUCCCUGAUGUGUUGCUGUGUAUCUUGAGUAUAUUUGGAAUAUGAACUGUCUAUGGCACUGCCAAUGAAAAAUUGUAACUUGCAAUGUGUCUGUUCCUGAAAAUGAGAUUACACAUGAAUGAACACACCUGAGUUUCCUGCGAUCUGUCAGCCACAGACACCGGUGUGAAGUGUGUAGUGGGAAUAAAGAUGCUCUGA